AUGACUCAACACAAAACCCUCAAAGAAGUCGCACAAGAGAAUCCCACUCUACUUGGCGAUCCUACAUCCCUCAAAGCAGAAAAGACAGAGCCAUCUCACUCUCCAACCUCCAAACCGUCUCCGACCAAGCCAGACGAAUCACCAACUCAUAUGCCCCCAGUCCAGGACACAAAAUCAAACCCAUCAAAUGAAUCCAAGGGGUAUGAUGUCGCAGAUAAGAAAACCGGAGAAGAGAAAUCUGGACAGGGAAAGAAUAAGCUGAGAGAGGCUUAUGUUAAGGGAAAUCCAAGUCAGCUUGGUGAUCCGGUUAGUUUGAAGGCUGAGGCGCAAGAUUCAGAACCGACGGAGCAGGAUAGAGGAGCUGGGAAGACGAAGAGUAAAUUGUAG